AUGAAGAAGCCAAGACGCCGUGUCAAUGAAUCCGAUCUCGACUACACGAAAGGUGCAGAAGAAAACUCGAAAAUAUUGUUGAAGGAGAAAUAUGAAGUUCUUCGAUGGACAGACACCGUUGAAAUCAAAACGCCAAACCUCCUGAUUCCUACGCAAAUAGCUAACUAUGUAGAGUCGCUGCCAUUCUGUAAGAUCAGUGUUCCAUCCACUGCUGAUCGUUUUGCAAUAAUGCAUCAUAGUCGUCAACUGGACGUUUAUGCUAUCGAAGGGCAGAAUAUAGUGCAGGAAUCGAGCGUACAAGUCCUGGAAGACGAAUUCCCACAGUACUGCUUAUUGGAAUUCAGUGCUUCUGGAUCAUUGCUUUUAUCAACACGAAGUAGUGCACAGAUUGAUGUAUUCGAUCAUCAGGGCGGGUACUGCUAUGACAUACCAUUGGAAUCCCCUGAAAACAAUAUCGAUCUGGUUUGUGCUAUUUCUGCCAUCCGAACUAUUGCUAAUACUUCAACAGAUGAUAAGUACCUCGAUAUUCUUUACGCAUUGCAAUACAAUGGAACCCUAUCCGUUUACAAAAUCGGGCGUUUGACGAAAUAUCAAAAGUUGUGGUCCAUCCCACUUGGUAUUGGCCUGGCUGGUACAUUCUGUGUUUUACCUAAAUAUAAUCUUCUGUUGGUUGCAUCUCAUUAUCGUGCGUCCGCUGAGGUGAACUUACCGGGAGGAUUGUGUUCUUUUCGAUUAACAGAUACUGAACCAUAUGCGGAACCAAUAAGAAUUGCGAGCGAUCAAGUUUCAGCUGGCUGGCUGUCUCGUCUUCCUUUCAGCUCUGCUAGCUAUGCGUAUUUGGUUUCCAUCUCUUUGAAUGAGUCAUCAUCAAAGCUAAUCGCUGUAUCCAGCAAUGGUGACUUCCACCUCUUUGAUAUCCCGUAUACACGUCCUGUAUUUUCCAUAAAAUACAUUUCCGGUCCGCGACCAGUUCAAGCCGUUUUCAUCGAGGAUGAGGUU